GGGCUGCGCGGGCGCCGGGGCUGGCAGAGGCAGCGGCAGAAGCAGCAGAAGCAGCAGCAGCAGCAGCAGCAGCAUGAGUGCGGCCACCGGGGCUCAGGGCGCCACAACCACGUAAGGCGCUCGCCCGAGCUGCCUCCGCACCUGCCUCCGCAUCCCCGGCAGAAACUUCCCGCUCCCGCACGCUCCGGGCUUCUCCGGCGGGGCUCGGCAGCGACAGCCGCAUGCAUGACACUCCGAAAAGGAGAGAAAAUGACCAUAAGUAUCCAGGAGCACAUGGCCAUUGACGUCUGCCCCGGCCCCAUCAAGCCCAUCAAGCAGAUCUCCGACUACUUCCCCCGCUUCCCCCGCGGGCUCCCCGCCGCCGUCGGCCGCAGCGGCAGCGCCCUGCGCCCCGCCGUCAGCCAGCCCUCGGUCAGCCCCGCCGAGGCACCCCGGGAGGAUGAUGAGGACGUGGACCAGCUCUUUGGAGCCUACGGAACGACGCCCGCGGAGCAGYCGGCCAAGAGCCAAGCGCCCGAGGAGGUGGUGGACCCCGAGGGUUACGAGUCCGACGACUGCACCGCGCUGGGAACGCUGGAUUUCAGUUUGCUCUACGACCAGGAGAACAACGCCCUCCACUGCACCAUCAACAAAGCCAAGGGCCUGAAGCCAAUGGACCACAAUGGUUUGGCCGAUCCUUACGUCAAGCUGCACCUGCUCCCCGGAGCCAGCAAGGCCAACAAGCUGAGAACCAAAACGCUGCGCAACACCCUGAACCCCACCUGGAACGAGACCCUCACCUACUACGGCAUCACCGACGAGGACAUGAUCCGCAAGACGCUGCGGAUCUCGGUGUGCGACGAGGACAAAUUCCGCCACAACGAGUUCAUCGGCGAGACGCGCAUCCCGCUCAAGAAACUGAAGCCCAACCAGACCAAAAACUUCAACAUCUGCCUGGAGAAGCAGCUGCCGAUAGAUAAAACAGAGGACAAGUCGCUGGAGGAGCGCGGCAGGAUCCUGGUGUCGCUCAAGUACAGCUCGCAGAAGCAGGGGCUGCUGGUGGGCAUCGUGCGCUGCGCCCACCUGGCCGCCAUGGAUGCCAACGGCUACUCCGACCCCUACGUCAAAAUUUAUCUGAAACCCGAUGAGGACAAGAAAUCCAAGCACAAGACAGCGGUGAAGAAGAAAACGCUGAACCCCGAGUUCAACGAGGAGUUCUUCUAUGAGAUCAAGCACGGUGACCUGGCAAAGAAGACCUUGGAAGUCACCGUGUGGGACUACGACAUCGGGAAAUCCAACGAUUUCAUAGGCGGGGUCGUGCUGGGAAUUAACGCCAAAGGGGAGCGGCUCAAGCACUGGUUCGACUGCCUGAAGAACAAAGACAAGAAGAUCGAGCGCUGGCACACGCUGACCAACGAGCUGCCGGGCGCCGUGCUCAGCGACUGAACCCCUGGGAAUCUCUGGACUCCUCCCAGCGCUGGGYACGGGGGUCCCAGGACAGCCAGGAGAGCAGGACACCCCCGGCAGGGCCUGGCUGCAGAAAAGCCCAUCCCAGGGAUGAAGGCGGCGGUGGUUCGCUCCGCCCGGCCGCUCCCGAGGCUUUCCCAAAGCGCCCGGCCCCGCUCCGGCCCCGCUCUCAGCGUGCAUGUGCACACACUCACACACACGCCCAGGUGUGCACCCCUGCAUGCCCUGCAGCCCGGCUCCUCCCCYGAACCCCAAAAUCUCCUCGCUGCCUUGCAAAGUCAGUGGCAAACACGAGUGCGUCCGUCCGCGUGUCCGCUGUCGGCCAAAGGCGUCCCCAAAAACGCGCAGAACCCGGAGCCGUCUCCUCCAGGYGACCGUGCCAUAUCUCUGGUGGUUUGUCAGUCCCUGUGGUUUGGGCCUAAACUGGCUUUUUUCUGCAUUUAAAGCUCCCCUGUCAGAAUGAUUGUGUGUCCUUGGUGAACCCCAAAAGGGUUCGCUUUCCUCCCGGGAAUGUUGUGCUCAUCCUCUCCAGUAACUCAUGGGAAGUCGGCAGAGCUGUGCAGAACGUGGCUUUCCUCCUCCUGGGAUGGGGCAGGCAAAAUCUGAUAUUUUUUUGCCGUUUGGGAGGCAAAAUCUGAUUUUUUUUUUGCUGUUUGGGAGGUAAAAUCCAAAGUUCAGCAGAACAGCCUGGCUGUUCCCGCUUCCCAGGACCAGCAGCAUGUUUCACUCCUAAGGAAACCACACCACACAGCAGCACGGCUGUUUUUCCAGCAAAACCUGCUUCCAGCGUGAAUUUUUCUAUAUUUUUUUCCCUCAUUCAUCCUUUUCCAAUUUGUUCAUCAUAUGAUGAAUUUAUUAACAUUUUCGAUUCUUUCAUUAAAUUAUGAAGGUGCUGAGCCUYGGAGUUGUGUUUGUAGGGAUGCUCAGCUCCAGCAGGGCCGUCAUGUCAGUUCAUUUCUGCCUCCAGCAGCACCCAAACCGAACCAAUUUCUGUGUAUGGCACAGUAAUGGUAAUGUGACACAGAAAUAAUGAUUUCAUAGUAUCAUAAUAAUUUAAUAUCAUCAUGAUAAUUUAACAUCAUCAUGAUAAUCCCAGAUAUCAUCCUCUGUGAUCCACCUUGGCCAGUCUCCUCAUCCUCAUUCCAACCAGAUGCCCAGUGGGAUGARCUAAAACUUCCUCCAAAAUGCUGCRCCUUUCCCAAAUUUUUKGAAGCCUUUAAUUGAUGAUUUCUUAGGAAGAUCUGCUCUUUCCCCACAAGUCCCARUCACCCUCAGCUUCCAAGCCCUGUGCACGUGUUGCCAACUUUUAUUUUUCCUUGGGAAACAACAGAAUCUCUGGAAUCCUACGUUUACUUUUCCAAGUGUUUUCUUUGUUUGAUAUGGGGAGGGGGGAUAAAAAAAAACCCAACAAAACAACGUUCAUAGGGUUUUUUUAAUAACUUUAUAUUUGUAAUGCAUCCUGCAGACACACAUGGGGUUUAUUUGAAUGCUGGCAGCCUGUCAAGUCGGAUGUUCCCGGUAAUCCCUGCUGGUCCAGCACCUUAAAAACCUGGUCGGGGUCUGAGCUUCCAGGGAAGCUCCAGCAGYGCCAGGUUGGCUGUGCCUCCCUUUCCCAGCAAAAUUCCUUUCCAUCCAUCCUUUUUUCCAGCAUAUCUUGCUACGAAACUGGUUUGUGCCUGAGGUGGAGUAGCACAUGUGUGCGUGGGUUCCUUCACUUUGUACCCUGGUCUUUUCUAAGUGGACACUCCGUCCGUCCGUCCGUCCGUCCGUCCGUCCAGCUGCAUGCAGAGUCGGUGGUUGUCACGCCAGGCCUCGUGAAAUGUUUGAUACUGAUGUUUUGCUACCGUGUGAAGGCUGCAGAAACCGUCCUUACCUGCAUCCUGAGAGACUUUUGUAUUUCGGUAUUACCUAUCCGUGUCCUUUUGGUCAGAUUUGUUAAUAUUUAUAACGAGAACCGAUGAAUAAAAAGGUUGAAAAAUGAAAUAAUUGGAAAAAAAAAAGGUUC